AAACUGUGGAAGAAGCAGCUCUGAGCGAGGAAGAAACCAUGGAAGAAGCAGCUCUGAGCAAGGAAGAAACUGUGGAAGAAGCAACUCUGAGCGAGGAAGAAACCAUGGAAGAAGCAGCUCUGAGCGAGGAAGAGGAACUAGACAGCCGCUUGCGGGGACUGCCACAUGACACUUGCCUCCAGCCAGUAGAUAUAGGACAGGAUUUUCUUGACCACCACGAUGAACGCGUCAUGUGUGUGGCUCCAGGAGAGGGGAGCAAACCAAUUUCUGUGUUCCAGGAGGUUGGGGGAGAGGCAAUGUCCUUCCCUGUUCAAUUCCCUACUGGAAAGUUUUCUUUUAAUGUUGAUCGUGAUGUACGUAUUACGCCCAGCAAGUACUUCAAGGCACGCCUUAUGGGUGCAGAUACGCGGUUUGCAAGCGACACUAACUACAUAUUCUUUGCACAAUACGUAACAGAGUUGCGCUUCAUACAGUCGAAUAUUUCCAUAUCUAUGCGCAAAGGUUCGCCGACGACAAGUGGCGGCCGUAAAAUAUCUGCUGGUAUGUUGUCAAACAAAGAGGACUUACAGGCUAUACUUAAGUCAGAUGAAGGCUAUCGCUUCCUUCAGCCAGUCAGGGGUACUCCGCAGUUCUGGGACAAGGCGCUAAAUGAAUUGUAUGCAAUGAUAAGACAGCUGGGAAUUCCCACGUGGUUUGCUACGUUUUCUGCUGCAGAUUUGCGCUGGCCAGAAGUGUUAGAGGCGAUUCGACAAGAUCAUGGCACAGUACCAGUAAGCGACUUGUCGUGGGAAGAGCGUUGUGACAUUUUGAAGAGUAAUCCUGUCACAGCCGCUCGCAUGUUUGAUCGCAGAGUCAAGCUGUUUUUCAAACACCUCAUUAAAUCUCCAUCGCAGCCAAUCGGCGAGGUCAUAGACACGUUCACGAGGACUGAAUUCCAGCAAAGGGGCUCACCCCAUAUCCAUUGUUUGUUUUGGGUGAAAGAUGCACCAAAAUUGGGUGUAAAUUCUGAAGAAGAGAUCUGCUCUUUUGUGGACAGAUAUGUGUGCUGUCAGCUGCCAAACUCAGAAACAGAUAAGGAGUUAUUUGACAUAGUUAGCCAGGUUCAAAUGCACCGAAAGGGUCAUACAUCGUCAUGCAAGAAAGGUGGCAAGAUCUGUAGGUUUGGAUUCCCUAAGCCUCCAGUGAAUCAGACAUUUCUGUGCAGCCCUGUCUCCCUACAGGACCUGACCGAUGAAGAAUCAGCAUCCAUUGCUGGAAGGAAGAAGCAAGCCGAAUCUGACCUGAAAAAAUUCUGGGAUGUGUUGGACAAGAAAACAGAGCCAGAGAAGUGCUCCACUGAGGACGUUCUCAAGGAGGCCAAUCUCACCACUGCACAGGUCUGUGACGCUUUGAACUUGAUUGCAAACAGGAAGCAAGUAUUCCUCAGACGCGAGCCAAAGGACAUGUGGGUGAACAAUUUCAAUCCACAUCUGCUCCGAGCUUGGAACGCGAACAUGGACAUCCAAUAUGUUCUCGAUGCAUACAGUUGUGUCAAGUACAUAGUAUCAUACAUCAGCAAAGCAGAAAGAGAAAUGGGAAAGCUGCUCAAACAGGCUCAGAAAGAGGCAAGGGAAGGCAACGAGGAUGUACUGACAGAAAUGAGAAAAGUUGGCAAUGCCUACCUUCACCACAGGGAAGUGAGUGCCCAGGAGGCUGUCUAUCGGGUCUGUAGCCUGAACUUGAAGGAGUGCUCAAGACAAGUCACAUUCAUUCCAACAGAUGAACAAGCUAAUCGCUUGUCAAAACCUUUGGCCGACAUUCAGAAGCUUGCAAGCGAGGGAAACGGUGAUGAAGAAAACAUCUGGAUGCCGAACAUUAUGGAUCGGUACAAGGCGAGGCCACAAGAAGAACCUUUCCGAUCAAUGUGUGCUGCAGAAUUUGUCUCCGAGUAUCGCGUCGUUUCUUGUUCAGGCCAGCAAGAAAAUGCUCAGCAGUCUUCCAGAGGGGAAGCAAGGCAUGUGUUGAGGGAUAAUUACGGGGCUGUACAAAAACGUACAAGAUCUGAUCCAGCCGUCAUCCGCUUUGCCAAAUUUAAUAAGAAGAAAGAGCCAGAGCGAUUCUACUUGACAUUGCUCAAGUUGUACUUGCCACACUACCUUGAUGCACAGUUGAAACCACCACAAUAUGCCAAGUAUGAAGAAUUCUACUCGAAUGGCUUUGCUCCCAUAUCAGACAGGGAGGAUAGAGUAAAUGUCAUUGUGAAUGGGAAUAGGCGUAAAUUUGAGCAAAAUGUUGAGGAACUUGAGCAGGCUCGUAAAGACGCGGAAGAUGGUAAUCUAGAAGAUGUUUGGGCCCAGAUCUUCCCCGAAGUGGAACAAGAAAGACUUGAUUGUCUAGAUAAGAGGGGAGAAAAUGAAGUGGAUGGGGUUAUUGAGGGCACUGAGGAUGACAUUCCUGACCUAGCGACAACUGACAAAUCAAAAGAAAGAAGCUUUACCCUAGAAGCCUGCCAGACAAAGAUCCAGUAUAAAACUGCGGUCCCCAUGAUGCAGUCACUCAACCCAAUGCAACAGGGGGUCUUCUAUUUUGUAAGGAAUUGGUGUAUGGAAACUGCACAGGGAAAGCGACCAGAUCCCUUUCAUAUUUUUGUGACGGGUGGUGCGGGGACUGGAAAGAGCCAUCUCAUAAAAUGCAUAUAUUAUGAGGCUACCAGGUUACUAGGAAAGGCACAAGAAAACCCUGACAAGGUCUCUGUCCUUCUUACGGCACCCACGGGAACUGCUGCAUUCAAUAUCGGUGGGAGCACUGUCCACCAUGCCUUUCAUCUGAUGUGUGUUACGAAGACGUAUCAGCCCUUGUCUGAAAGUACCCUUAACACUUUGCGUGCGCAGUAUGAAAGCCUCAAAAUUGUGAUUGUAGAUGAAGUAUCGAUGGUCGACAUGAAGCUCAUGUCUUCCAUUCAUGGUAGAUUGGGUCAGCUGACCCAGUCAAGGUCAAGUGCAAACUUUGGAAAUGUGAGCAUCUUGGCAGUAGGUGACAUGUAUCAGAUCCCUCCAGUCAGGGGACAAAGUCUCUACAGGGGAAAAGAUUUCAUUGACUUGUGGAAUCCAAUCUUUGAAGUUGUUGAACUUCAGGAAAUCAUGAGACAGAAGGAUGAUGCUGCCUUUGCAAACCUUUUGAAUAGAAUGAGGGUAAAGAGAAAAAAAGACAAACUUUCUGAUGAAGAUGACAAAACUCUAUCAUCAAGGGUGUUAUCUACAGACUUUGCAUCAAAUGAUUAUCCUAAGGAUGCACUUCACAUCUUUUCCACCAAUAAAGCUGUUGUAGAUUAUAAUGACAAGAUGUUGAAUCUCAGGUGUUCAGAUGUUACAUGUUUUGAAGCCUCCGAUUUUGUCAAAGAUCCCACAACAGGUUCAAUGACAAGACGACCUCAUGCACAAGGAGAUAAAGACGACCUCCUUGAUGUGGUCAAAGUUGGGAUUGGUGCUCGUGUCAUGCUUUGUAGAAAUGUCAAUGUUGAGGAUGGUCUAGUUAACGGUGCAUUUGGAACAGUGACAGGUGUAACAGGUGGCCAGCAAGAUGCAAGUGAUGGUGCAACUGUCUUUGUGAAGUUUGAUAAUCCAAAGGCAGGUGUGCUUGAAAGAGAAAAAAGUGCAGUUCCCAGUAGUCUACCAGAGAAUUCAGUUCCGAUUCGUCAGAUUGAGGACAACUUGAAGAAAUUAAGUAAAGUCAAACGCUACCAAAUUCCUAUCAAGCUAGCCUGGGCCUGCACAGUACACAAAGUACAGGGCAUGACAGUUCCUGAAGUAGUUGUCUCCAUGAAAAAUAUUUUUGCAUCAGGUAUGGCGUAUGUGGCCUUGAGUAGGGUAUGUUCCAUAGGCGGUCUUCACAUUACAGACUAUAAACAGGAGUCCAUCUACUGUGAUGAGGCAGUGCAGGAGGCAGUUAAUAAGAUGAAGCAUUUCGAAUAUGUAUCCAACCCAUUUACAAAUGUUGGUGACAGAUCUGUCGGUGAAGUGUUGAACAUUGUCCAUCACAAUACUGAAGGACUUGAAAAGAACUUUGAAAGUCUGAAGUCAACUUGUUUGGUUGAAGCUGAUAUCAUAUGCCUGACUGAGACAUGGCUGUCAGAAAAUGUGCAGUCCUCCCAGUUUCAGUUGGAGAGUUUUAACAUGUUUCGUAAAGACAGAUCAAGUGGGCAUGCUUGCGAGGAAGCUUCUAAUGCGACAAGGAAUUCCAGUCGUGGAGGCGUGGCAAUAUAUGUACGUGACAUAUACAAGUGUUCUGAAAUUCCCAUCCCAAAUGAUAUCAGUCUAGAAUGUGUGGUUACGCAAGUUUCUGCUGACUGCAUGCCUGUGAAACAUCUAAUUGUAGCCAUUUAUAGACCCCCAAAUGUUCGCAAAGACUCAUUCAUAUCCAGUUUGGAGAAACUCUUGGGGCACUUGUCUGCAGUGGAAAGAAGUAACACAGUGAUUCUUGGUGACUUUAAUGAAAAUUUGAUGUCAAGUGAAAACAAAAUGAUCCUUUCUUUCUUGAUGCAAAAUGGCUUCAAACAGUUGAUAGAGUCUCCUACAACUGAAAGAUGUACUCUCAUUGACCAUGUGUACAUUUCACAACUGUCAGCUGUUGUUAAUCAUGGUGUAAUACAGACAUUCUAUAGCUACCAUGAUGCUGUAUACUGUACGUUGUGUAAUGAGAGAUAAAACAGAAAUCAGAGUCAAAGGAAGGGAGUGUGUGUAUUGUACCAGCUCGGGCCUUGUCGAGCUGAGUGGAAGGUUGACAAUCUCUAUAGUCACCAUGAUGCUGUGAUGCUGUAUACGUUGUGUAAUGAUGAGAUAAAACAGAAAUCAGAAUCAAAGGAAUGGAGUGUGUGUGUAUUGUACCAGCUCAGGACUUGUCGAGAUGAGUGGAUGAGAAAUGGGAGUCUAUGGUGCUCCAUAAUUGAGAAAUACUUGGCGCCAGCUUCCACCCUUGCCACACGGCACAUUCAGUGGUGGCAAGGGGGAUGGGGAAUGACAAAGGUUCCCGCUCUGGCUCUUGCCAAAAUUGGUAAGAGGGAGCCUGGUGGAUGCCUGUG